AUGUACGUUGUAGUUAUUGUAAGAAGGACGGUCACACAAUUAAACUGUCCAGAUCCUAAAUGUAAAACUUCCUUGCCUUUUCGGAACCCAUUUAACCCUUUUCUUUACGUUAAAGGUAAAACAGAUGGUCAGAUUAAGCCUGUUUCCCAUAUCCAUUCUGAAAAGCCUGUAAAUGUAUUUGAUGAUUUUACUUUUAAUGGAACUGUAGCUUUGAACUCUGAUGGGGAUAAGUAUAAAGUCAGGAUACUUCGUGACACAGGUGCUUCGCAAAGCUUACUUUUGAGGAGUGCUCUCCCAAAUAUUGAAGCUAACGUAACUAAUGAACAUGUUCUCGUGAAAGACCUUUCACAAAUAUCUAAAGUUCCCCUUGCUAAUGUUCAUCUUGAUUGUCCUAUAAAGAAGGGUAACGUGCUGGUAGGCAUAAGAGAUAUUGAAUUUCCAGUAAAAGGUGUAACUUUAUUAUUGGCUAAUGACCUUGCAGGACGUUUGGUAGUUCCCAAUGUCAUUGUAAUGGAAAAACCUGUAGGUGAAAACCUUGAACCUGAUCCCGAUUGCUCUGUAAAUCCUUCUUGUGUUGUCACUCGUAGCCAGAAAUCUAGUUCGGAUGAAUCUAAAGUCACUUCUGUAAAUUUCGAAGCACGAAAUGUUAUGAGUAGAGAUAACCUUAUUGAAGCUCAGAAGCACGAUAACACUUUAAGUAAGCUUCAUGACCAAGCGGUUUCUAGAAGUGAGAUUAACAAAUCCCCAUGUUUUUACUUUGAAUCUGAUUUGUUAAUGAGGUUUUACCGUCCCCCUAAGAGAUCUAGUGAAGACACCUGGAGUGAAAAGCGACAAAUUGUGCUACCUCUUUCUGUUAGGAAUUCUGUAAUGGAAAUAGCUCAUGAUGCUUAUGGAGGACAUUUAGGAAUUCAUAAGACCUAUUGUAAGAUUUUGAAUUGUUUCUUUUGGCCCAAUAUGAAAAAGGAUGUAGCAAAAUUUGUUCGCACUUGUCAUGUAUGUCAGAUAUCAGGAAAACCUAACCAGGUAAUACCCAAGGCACCUUUACAACCGAUCUUGGUCCCUGAUGAACCUUUUAGUAAGAUAAUUAUAGAUAACGUUGGUCCUUUACCAAAAACCAAGAAAGGUAAUCAAUACUUGCUCACUAUAAUAUGUCCUACGACCCGAUACCCUAUUGCCAUCCCUCUUCGUAACAUUUCUGCUAAGAACAUUGCUAAUUCUUUACUUAAAGUUUUCACGAAUUUCGGUAUCCCAAAGGAAAUACAAAGUGAUCGAGGUUCAAAUUUCACCAGUGACCUUUUUGUCCAGGUACUUAAAGAACUAAAUAUCAAACAAACCUUGUCUGCUGCCUAUCACCCAGAGUCUCAGGGUGCCCUCGAGCGUUGGCACCAAACUUUCAAGAGUAUGCUCAGGAAAUUUUGUGUUGAAAGUCAACUUGAGUGGGAUGAGGGCAUUGAUUUUCUUCUGUUUGCUAUCAGGGAAGUUCCCCACGAGUCCCUUGGUUUUUCACCCUAUGAGAUGUUGUUUGGGAGGUCAGUUAGAGGCCCUCUUUCAGUAAUUAAAGAGGAAUGGUUGAACACUCCUUCUGAGUCUAGCCAAACCAUUCAACAAUAUAUGAAUAAACUUAAAAGCACAUUAAUGCAGGUUAGGAAAAUUGCUGGGGAGAAAUUAAGGGAUCAACAGAUCUUAAUGAAGAGAAACUAUGAUAAAGCUUGUAAAGUCAGAAAAUUUAAACCUAAUGACCUUGUGUUAGCCUACCUUCCUGUCCCUGGUUCCCCUCUUAAAGCUAAGUUUUGUGGGCCCUAUCCAAUCAUAAAAAAUGUAAACAAUAAUACCUACAUUAUCAAAACUCCAGAUCGUAGAAAGCCCACUCAGAUCAUUCAUGUUAAUUUACUAAAGGCAUAUCACUCUAGGGAAACUGGAAAUGGUUCUAGUGAGACUGUUGUUAAUCUUAAUUUUAAGGUAGACACACCAGGAGAGGAAAAUUCAUUGGAAGACCUUAUUGCUUCCUCCAUGCCACAAACCAAUACAGAGGUUCUAAAUAACCUGGAUCUGUUCUUGAGCCACCUCUCUCCUGGGCAGUCGCAAGACUUAAAGAAUGUGAUCUCUAGCCAUUCAACACUCUUUAAUGAUUUUCCCAGGAAAAGUGAUUUGCUGCUACAUGACAUCGAGCUGGUUCCUGGUACAACACCCAUUCGUCAGCAGUCCUAUCGUGUGGGUCCUGAGAAGAACAAAAUGAAGGAGGAAGUCGAAUAUCUUCUCCGGCAUGGUCUAGCAAGACCGAGUAAAUCACCAUGGGCUUCACCUUGCAUCCUAGUUCCAAAAGAGGACGGUAGCUACAGAUUUUGUACAGACUAUAGAAAGAUUAACAAUGUCACAAUUAAAGAUUCCUACCCUUUGCCACUCAUUGAUGAUUUAAUAGAUUCAGUAGGACAAGCAAAGUUUGUAACGAAGAUAGACCUCUUAAAGGGCUAUUAUCAGGUAGGAUUAACUGAAAGAGCUAAGUUAAUAUCUGCUUUCAUUACACCCUUUGGACUCUUUCAGUACGAGGUCAUGCCUUUUGGCCUUACCAACGCCCCAUCUACCUUUCAGCGCCUUGUAAACUUCAUCAUCCAAGAUUUGGAGGGUGUUUAUUGUUACCUUGAUGAUAUAAUAGUCACUGGACAAACUUGGGAAGAACAUUUGAAUAGGCUAGAGUGUUUGUUCCGUAGGUUGGAAGAGGCUGGAUUAACCAUAAAUCUUAAAAAAUCUGUCUUCUGUAAAGCUACUGUUACCUACUUGGGCCACAUUGUUGGGGAUGGUAAUGUUCGACCAAAAACUGCCAAUGUAGAAGCUGUUCUAGAGUACCCUGUUCUGACCACUAGAAAGUCCUUGCAAAGAUUCUUAGGGUUAGCCUCAUACUACAGGAGAUUCUAUGCUAGUGAUGCAGGAGCUGGAGGGGUGCUACUCCAAGAGUCAGACGGUAUACUUCACCCCGUCAGCUACACCUCCACUAAGUUCAAGCAUCACCAAAAGUCCUACAGCACCAUUGAGAAGGAAGCACUUAGUUUGGUACUCGCCCUGCAAAAAUAUGAAUGCUACUUACUAGGUGCUGCUGAGGUACUAGUCUUCACCGACCACAACCCCUUGACCUUCCUCGACAAAAUGAAGUCCCACAACCAACGUCUACUACGCUGGUCCAUCUAUCUGCAGAAGUUCCCUCUGCAGAUCCGCCACAUCAGAGGAACUGAGAACAUCAUGGCAGAUGCCUUAUCGCGACUGCCUCCUUAA